CGCCUCGUUUACCCAUAAAGUCAACCACACGCUACACCACAAUGACAGGCCACGGUAGCAGUGGCUCGGGAAGCAAGAAGAGAACCAAACCAACGCGGUUUAACGAGGAGGCCAGUCCCAGCCCGGCUCCCAGAAAGUCCCGCAGAAUACAGGAGAAAACCCAGGGCACCAAGGGCUCGACCGACCCAAAAACCGAUGAAACGACCACGCCCAACGAAGAGUCUAAGAGGAAGUCAAGCGACAACCAUGAUAAGCAAAGAAAAGGCCAGGAUCAGAAAAAGUCUGAUCAGCCUGGGGCUCAGGGCAAUGCAAAGAGAAACAGUCUGACCAUGAUGGCACGUCAGACAAUGAGAUAUUGGGUUGAUCUCGAUGACAACAAGCGCCUCCGAAAAACAUUGUCGCCCCCGGAGGUGCCCACUUGGGUCAAGCCAGAGAUUGAACAGACCCAAUGCGGUGUGACCUAUGGAUUGAGCCACAAAGCGAUAUCAGCCCCCAAAAAGAACGGCGUGGCGCAACCUAUCGCAGCAUUCGUCAGACGAGCGUACACGGCGGUAUACAUAUGUCCAAGGGUAGAUAGAAAGCCCUUCUAUAGAUUCAUCGAUUUGGAAGGCACCACAAUCAGCGAAAAGGAUUUCCAGCUUGACCAGCCCUUUGAAGACCAGCAAUAUUUGCUCGAAAAGGUACACAAGUUAUUGAUGCAAUACCAGAAUGACUUCGAAAAGAACAUUGACAGUUACGGCAAAGAAAUGUGUUUGUGGAGAGAAAAUAGGAUAAGAUGGGAGCACGACUGCGUUGUGGCUGAGCAUAAUGAUGGCAAUGCCAACAUUUUUCGGAAUACGAUCACCCAGGACGACAUAGCAGUGUUGGCCAAAGGGCACCACAUCAGGGGCCUGACGUUUCUGCCAGCGUGGGCUGACCAGCAGCGUCAGUCCAUAAAAAGCGCGAUUUCCUCCCUCUCGGGGACAAUCACUGAGCUCAAACUCCAGAGAAAGACACAGGAGGGGCUGGACCAGCAGAUGAAACAUCAAAAGGAACAACGCGAAAGAAGAGCUCGUCAGGCAAAAAGAGAUCAGAAGAAAGGAGAAUCCUCUAAAGAGUCAGGCUUGUCUUCGUCUAGCAAGGGGCCUUUGUCUGACAAAGGCAAAGGCAAGGCGUCUGCGCAAACGCUCUCAAACAUACCAGAGCUACUUCUAGAUCUUUCGGGGUCGUCUGACGAAGACGAUACACCACCAUGGGCUGCCAAGGAAACAUCAAAUGCGAUAGCCUGGAUGCUCGAACAGCAUCUAAACUGGCUCCCCAAAAGGCAGACCAAAAUGAUGGUCAAAGUUGACAGAGUCGAGCAGAUGAAGCGGUUCAGCCUACCUUCUGAUAUCUUAGACUUGACAGCGGAAGCAUGGUCGAACUUCGAGAAGAACCCGGCCUUCCGAGGUUUGUUCGGUCUACUAGACGGCAGAACCAGAAAGACGCUGGAGCCUGGCAGACCCUGGGGAUUCCCAGCGUGGAAGCUGGAAUCGGACAUCAGACACUACUUCAGUGAUACAGAAACCGUUUACCAAACUUUGUUGAGCCAGCGAGCCAGAAAGGCUAUCCUGGGCAUGGAGAAAGCAUUCUUUGAUGGACGCCUCACUGAGACAGAAGAAGCAGACGAUUUCACAGACAUUGAUUUGGGAAUACUCAUGGCAAGCAAGGCCAGGGAGAAUCUGAGCGAGUCUGUCAACGACAUCCAUACUUUCAGCGACUCUGAAAAUGGGGAGUAA